UGUCCGAAGGGCCCCGUGCUUUUAUUCAGCCUGGGGCCCAUAAUCCAGAGCCGCCUCUGAGGAAGGGUCAAAGGUUUUGUUUUAGUUAUAAACCUGACACAUUUUGGUUAAUUCACUUUACGUCCAUUAAUGUGUAUUUGUGUAUAAAAUCCACUUCCGGUCACCAUUUUGUUUGGAUUAUGUGAGGAGUAGAACGUGACAGAACUUUCUGUGGCGCGAGACCGCUAGCAAGUCGCGCGCUCGUGCGUUUCCGCGCGGGAAGCCUGGGCGCCAUUUUGAAAUUCCUCCGCCUGGAAGAAGACGGUAUUUGGCGAAUGGAGUUGAUUUGUCGUGAAAAUGAGCAGUUCUUGUCGGCCACUGAAGAGUCCUCAGAGUGCAGGCCGGUUCGCGCCGGCUGUGACCCGGUUCUGACCGGAGAUAAGCGGGUUUGGAGAAACCUGACGAGUUUAGAGAAAAACCACGCCAUUUCAGAGUCUUAUUUCGGCACCAUGCAGAGGGAUGUGCAGCCUUAUAUGAGGAGAAUUUUAACUGUUUGGAUGUUGCAGGUGUGUGAGGAGCAGAGGUGCGAGGAGGAGGUGUUUCCGCUGGCAGUUCAGUACCUGGACAGGUACAUGGCUCACUAUCUCGUGGACACAUCCAGUCUGCAGCUGCUCGGCACCGUCUGCAUGUUCCUCGCCUCCAAACUCAGAGAGACGGUUCCUCUGAGCGCCGCAAAGCUCUGCGUCUACACCGACAACGCCGUCUCCGUUACACAGCUACUGCAGUGGGAGAGAGUGGUUGUGUCGAGGCUGGACUGGGAUUUGGCCUCAGUGCUGCCCUCCGACUUCCUGGAGCCGCUACUGCAGGGCCUUCCCAUAAUUCCUCAUGAUCUCUCAGCCCUGCGUAGACACACACAUUCAUACAUCGCUUUAGCUGCUACAGAGUUUACAUUUUCAACGUAUCGGCCCUCGGUUAUCGCCUGUAGCUGUGCGGCUGCUGCAAUUCAGCGUCUGAAUCUGCUGGACGGCGCGCUGUCCUGCGACACACUCCUGCAGCUCAUGGCUAACGUCUUAGACAGUGACCUGGUGUCUCUCUGUAACUGUUACGCCGCCUUGGAGGAGACUCUGAAGCUCACUCUGCCCCCAAACACACCCCUGUGCAGGUCUGGUUCACCUGUUCAUGAGGUCAGCAACACACCUGUUAAGAUCCAGGAGGUCAAACUGUCACCUCUGAACUUUACAGAAUCACCCCAGACGUCUCGUUAGCUCGCGCUCAUUAGAAUUACUACUUUAAUUCACCAUCAGUAUGUCUGAAUUUAAAUGAAUCCUGUUGACUAAACUGUAGCUUUUGUUUGUUACCUGUUCAUAUUUUCAAUUAAGUUAAAAUAUUAAAAUUAUUAUUUUAGCUUAUUUUUUUUAAUUGUAGUAAAUAUUGAAUGAAUUUCUAAUUAUCUGAUACUACAAACUGAAUCUAAGAUGCAUAAUUUAAGAUUGAAAUACACUUUAAUAUUCAAACAUUAAUUAGGACUUUAGUCAGUCAUUUGGAAUUUCACAUGCAAGCUGCACUUCCACUAAAUUAUCGGAUUAUUAUUUUCUCUGUCUAUCGUUUUCCUUCUCAAAAUAAAUUAUCACGCUGUAGCACAAUUAACUAAACUGCUUUUCAGUUUGAGAGUUCAUAAAGCUUUUAGUUCACUAAACUGCACCUCUGUACACUGUGUAACGUGUGUGUUUGUUUAAAAUGUUAGAGUGUUUGUUGUCUGUGUGUGUGUUAAUCUGCAAGCGCGGCUCAUUUCCUUCACAUUCUGUAUGUUUCUGCACAAUGUUUGACUUUCCUAUUUGACCUUUGCACGCUGGACCAACGCUGCUUUCAGAAUGUCACUGUGAGAGUGAAACGAAGUUUUAGAAAUUAUUACUGCUUAAAUAAUACACCUGUGUUUACACACCACAUUUUUGUGAUGGAUUCGUAUUAUUGUUUCGUUUAACUUCACAUGACGAAAGUGAUUACAUCGCUCUCUUUCCUCAAAGCCAUGUAUUACACAUCAGCAUAACAAUGUUAAGAUAUUAUUCAAUUUAAAUCAGUUUUAUUUGUAUAGCGCUUUUAACAAUGUCAUUUGUUUUGUCAUUGUCACAAAGCAGCUUUACAGAAAUGUAUAAAUUCAGGAUAUAAGUUUUAAAUGUAUAAAUUUAUCCCUAAUGAGCGAGCCAGAGGUGACGGUGGUGAG